AUGGAAGAUGAAGGAUCUUCUAGAAUAAGAAGUUUAGAAACCUGCACAGAAGAAGAAAAGAAGACCAUGGAACUUCUUACAAAAUGGGGCUCUGACGGAUCCCAGCAAUCCCAAUUCAAGCAAAACUUUGAAAAUAAUACAGAUAGUGACUCAAAUAUUUUCCAAAGUUCCCUUGUUCCGUUACGACUGCAAAUAAACAAUAAUGGACAGAAAAAGACUAUAUGGCAGUAUCCAGUGCCAUCAUCUCCAAGAUACUGUAGACCCAUAAGGAUACGUUUUAUUCACGAAACUAAAGAUGUAACAAACAAUGAAAUUGAAUAUGUAGAGAGCCAGGCAAGGAAUUUAACAAAAACAGAAAUACUGACUGCUACCGGCAUACUUUAUAUUACACAUAUCCUGCUACCAACAAUGGUGGACGCUAAGAUUUACAAUGCAGCUACCAAUACAACUUCUACUAUGAGGUGCUAUAUUUGUGGGCUAACCUCGAAAGAAUUUAACUGUUUGAGUAGAAGAAAGGAAGUGAAUCCUGAAACUCUGAGAUUCGGUUUAUCAAUUCUUCAUGCUAGAAUUAGAUUAUUUGAAUCGUUAUUACAUAUCUCUCGUACAAGUUAUCUAUUAAAAAAUGGCAGCUAA